UAGUUGAAAGCUGCAGAGAUGAGUUCCCAGCCUGAAGAGCAGGAGUUUGAUUUCAACUAUCUGUUUGAGUACAGCCAAGGUGUGCAGCACAGGACUGAGAGAGAUGCAUACAGCUACACACCAAAUGUCAGUCUGUCCCUCCCGCUGGGCAUGGGAAACCCCUGUCUGGCCACCCAAUACCACACGCUACAGUCCAGCCCAGUCAUCUCAGUUUCCUCUUGCCACCAGGCUGGCUACAGCCUCCAAAAUGACAGCCAUGCAGCCCCCGGCUAUUACCUGCCCCAAGGCCUGAGACCCAACGGUGCUCCGGCCCUGGAAAGCCCCCGCAUCGAGAUCACUGCCUACAGCCAAUUUCCCGAGGAGGAGGUGGAAGAGAGCAGCAAUGUUGACCACAUCAUCAAACGAGGGGUUAACUCCAUUGUGACACUGACGCUGCCCAACGCAGACGGCUACCGUGACCCCACCUGCCUCAGCCCCGCCAGCAGCAUCUCCUCCCGCAGCUGCAACUCCGAGGCCUCCUCCUACGAGUCUGGCUUCUACAACUAUGACAACUCCCCCCAGAACUCCCCCUGGCAGUCUCCUUGUGUCUCUCCCAAAGGCUCGUCCUCUCUCCUGUCCUGCCCGCAUGCCGGAGGCCCUGCGGCUUCCCCGCGCCACUCACCCAGCACCUCCCCGCAAAUAGGGGCAGUGGCUGAGGAAGGUUGGGCGGCCCAGCCUCGUGGCUCCAGGCCCAACUCCCCUUCCUGCAGUGGAGGCGGCGGAGGGAGCAGCACGGGGAAGAGGAAGUACAGUUUCAAUGGCGUCCCCUACCGCCAGACAUCCUGCUCACCCAACCAGUCGCCCGCUCCGUCCCCACAAGGCUCCCCAAGGGUCAGCGUCACAGAUGAUAACUGGCUGGCCAGCACUAACCAGUACACCAACUCCGCCAUUGUGGCUGCCAUUAAUGCCCUAACCACAGAUGGAGUGGUGGACAUGGGUGAGGGAAUCCCAGUUAAGGCCCGUAAGACCAUGCUGGACCACACCCCCACCAUGAGCCUGAAGGUGGAGCCCGGUGGUGAGGAGCUUGGUCCUGAGGGCGAGCUCUGCCACGAGGACUACGCCUCCCGCCUGGCCUUCAAGAAGGAGAACUACUGUGGAGGUUUCCUGGAUGUGCCCCAGCAUCCCUACUCCUGGUCUAAGCCCAAGCCUUACCUCAGCCCCUCUCUGCCAGCUCUCGACUGGCCUCCAUCCUGCUCCGGCCCUUACAGCCGGCAGAUCGAGGUGCAGCCGAUCCACCACAGGGCCCACUAUGAGACCGAAGGCAGCCGAGGGGCAGUGAAGGCUUUGUCUGGAGGCCAUCCUGUGGUGCAGCUUUACGGCUACAUGGAAAGCGAGCCGCUCACCCUGCAGCUCUUCAUAGGGACUGCAGACGACCGCCUCCUGCGACCGCAUGCCUUCUAUCAGGUCCACCGCAUCACCGGCAAAACCGUCUCCACCGCCAGCCAUGAGGUCAUGCAAUCCAACACCAAAGUUUUGGAGAUCCCUCUGCUGCCUGAAAACAACAUGAGAGCCAUAAUUGACUGCGCAGGGAUCCUGAAACUGCGUAACUCAGACAUUGAGCUCCGCAAAGGGGAAACGGACAUUGGGCGUAAGAACACACGCGUGAGGAUGGUGUUCCGUGUGCACAUCAACCAGUCCAAUGGCAGGACGGUGUCCUUACAGGCUGCCUCCAACCCCAUCGAGUGCUCCCAGCGCUCGGCGCAGGAGCUUCCCUUGGUGGAGAAGCAGAGUCUGGACAGCUACCCCGCCACCGGAGGCAAAAAGAUGCUCCUCAGCGGUCUCAACUUUCUUCCUGACUCCAAGGUGGUGUUUGUUGAGAAGGCCCAGGAUGGUCAUCAUCUGUGGGAGACAGAAGCCAAAGUCGAUAAGGACUCCAUCAAAUCUAAUACACUCGUUGUGGAGAUCCCUCCCUACCGUAACCAGAGAAUAUCCAACCCAAUGCAAGUCAACUUCUACGUCUGCAACGGCAAGAGGAAGAGGAGCCAAUACCAGCGCUUCACCUACCUGCCUCCUAAUGUGCCGAUAAUAAAGACAGAGCCCAAUGAUGAGUAUGACUCCCUCGGGACCCCCGGGCUGCCCAUGCAUUCUAAGCCCUACUACAGCCAGCCCAGGCUCACUCCCAUCAUGCCUGUAGGGGAUCCCGAUGCCUGCCUGGUUGGGAGCUACACUCCUUGCCCGCCUCGCCAUGCCUCCAUGCCCGCCUCCUCCCCCAGCUCCAGCCCCACAUUGCACGACCUGUCCCCUGUCACAUAUAGCAAGUGCCUCUCCAGCAGCCCCACCCAUGCGGCCCCACCGGGUCCUAUGGUGCCCACCAUCCAGGAGACCCCCGGUCGCCCCAACCUCACCCAUCCAGCCUCCCCGGACCACAGCUCCUCCCUGGGGAUGCUCCAUUCUCAGGGCAGCCCCAGCCAUCUCAACAGCCCGGGAACCCAUGGCUACCACCCUAUCUACGCCAACAGCAGCCCUUCGUCCUCCCCGGUCUCCCACCCCUCUACUCCAGGCGGGACAGCAGAGAGCCCCUUUGUCCAGGCCUAUAGCCCAGGUCAGGCUCAAGCCAGCUCGGCCCAGGCCAGAGAUAGCUCCCCCAGCCUGCUCCCGGAGGACGCCAGUCCCCCCUCCCUGGCCAUCACUGUCAAACAGGAGCCACAGGAAUUGGACCAGAUGUACCUGGACGAUGUUAACGAGAUCAUCAGAAACGACCUCUCCAGCAUCUCUGUGCACACUCACGCAUAGAUGUCCACAAGUCUUCAGCAGCAGCGCAGACACAGGCGCUCACACGCAUCUACACACACACACACACACACACACACACACACACACACACACACACACAAAUACAGACACAGAAGGCCGACAUCGAGGACAAGACAAGUGACAAUAACCCUCGAGAUCCAGAUGAUGAAGAAUAAAUUAUUGAGCAGGAUCUUCCAACGCGCCCCUCGUUGUCAUCAGCUCCUCCCUCUCUCUGUGUUUCAAAGGCUCUCUGCAGCGCCACGUUGACAAUCACUGACAAAAAGACUGCAUAGCUCCAUUCGAACGAAUGAAUGAAUGUUCUAUUAACAAAGGGAAGUGAUGUUGGGAGAAAAGUAUAUGCCUACACUUGCCUUAACUCACAGCAUAUGCUCUCCAGUGGACCAAACAGCUCAGUGAGACUGAAUACUCUUCUAUCAUUGACAAAAUGACAAUCUCCAUUUUGAGUGUAACCCGUGUCGUACGUUCAUGCAUGGACAAAGAUAACAGCACAGUGAGUGUAACACCAUUUUGGUUCAUCUGUCUGUGUAGAAAACCCACAACAACCCGAGCGGUGCCUUACGACAGCGAUAGCAACAACAAGACAAAACAAAAAAACAUCACCAACAGCAACAGUCACUCAAAUGCAAAUGGCUCAUUGUAACCCAAAGCGGUUGUUUUUCUAUGACAUUUUGUCAUUUCAAUGAUUUGUUUACAGGGAAACAGAUUUAAACAAGGCUGGAAAAUAUGUAGGGAAUAUGUGAAUAGAUUAGAAUUGUAUUUUUUCCUUGCUUUCUUAUUAUCUUGUUGUUCAUUUAUACUGAAUGUUAUGUAUGUAUGAUAUUCUUUUGUAUAAACACGUAUUUGAAUAUGUACUUAUGUAUGCCUUAUGCUUAUAUUAUGCAGUUUGCUAUUGACCCCCUCGGUUUUCCAUUCGUCCCCCCCAUAAGUUUUCAUACCACUUCUGCUACCUUGCAUUAUUCCUUUCACCUCAGUGCCUAUUAUUAUCAUCCCGCCCCAGUCUUCCACUCGUCCACCUACCUAAGACCAGGACACAGACAUGCUCCGACAAUCAGAGAGAAUAAACAUAUCGAAUGACAACAAUUGCUGACCGGCAGGGGCUUCUAAAGGCGGGUAUCAGCUUUUUCUUUCCCCCGCAGUUAAAGGAUAGUUAAACAACGGUAUGCUUACCUGCUGAAUUUCAAGAAUACUCCUGGCUGACAUAUAUAUAUAUCUAUAUAUAUGUAUACUUAUCCAUACCUCUUGCACUGCAGGUCUGCAUGUAAAUAGGCACACAAGUAAUAGAAGUAUGCAACAAUCUCAGUUUUCCCCUUCAUCGGUGCGAUAAAGCUGAGGCAGGACUGACUCGUAAAGCCUGGCAAUAAUUGAUCGACGUAUAUCAAAGGAUUUUGUCUUUGGUGAAAUUAUUGUCCAAGUUUCCCUCUUCUCUUAAUGUUCGAGACCUUAGCAUAGAACGCCCCGCUCCCCCUCUCUCCGUACAAAACAUUAUGCACUUUACCGUAGAAACAGAGCAGGUUUUUUCUUGCUUCCAGACCAAAUGUUGUAGAUCGAUUCCCAUCGUAGCGUGAUGAACACAUGAACCUUGGCUCUGCCGUCUCUUUCAAGCAUGCACACCGUACUAACGUCGGGGAUAAUUUAGCUGACCGUAGCUUACCAAUAUAGCUUCCUAAUACAUUUUAGACAUAUAUAAUGGCAUGACUAAACUGUAUGUAUAAGGUUUCUAUUUUGUGCCUUAUUCUCUUUUCUUGGCUACAAGAUCAUUGCAGCUCUCUUGCUUUUCUAUGUAGGCAC